AAUAAUAAUAAUAAUAAUAAUAAUAAUAAUAAUAAUAAUAAUAAUAAUAAUAAUAAUAAUAAUAAUAAUAAUAAUAAUAAUAAUAAUAAUAAUAAUAAUAAUAAUAAUAAUAAUAAUAAUAAUAAUAAUAAUAAUAAUAAUAAUAAUAAUAAUAAUAAUAAUAAUAAUAAUAAUAAUAAUAAUAAUAAUAAUAAUAAUAAUAAUAAUAAUAAUAAUAAUAAUAAUAAUAAUAAUAAUAAUAAUAAUAAUAAUAAUAAUAAUAAUAAUAAUAAUAAUAAUAAUAAUAAUAAUAAUAAUAAUAAUAAUAAUAAUAAUAAUAAUAAUAAUAAUAAUAAUAAUAAUAAUAAUAAUAAUAAUAAUAAUAAUAAUAAUAAUAAUAAUAAU